ACGUUUCCCUUCCCUUUUCCCUCAACCAAGAUGGCGGACGAGGCCACUCGCCGGCUAGUAGCGGAGCUGCCGUUGCUGAAAACGAACGCGGGUCCGAGGGAGAAGGAGCUGUGGGUCCAGCGCCUGAAGGAGGAGUACCAGGCCCUUAUUAAGUAUGUGGAGAACAACAAGAAUGCUGAUAAUGAUUGGUUCAGACUGGAAUCCAACAAGGAAGGCACAAGGUGGUUUGGGAAAUGCUGGUACAUCCACAAUCUCUUGAAGUAUGAAUUUGCUGUUGAGUUCGAUAUUCCGGUCACGUAUCCAUCCACUGCUCCAGAAAUAGCUAUUCCAGAGCUAGACGGGAAAACAGCAAAAAUGUACAGGGGUGGCAAAAUAUGUCUGACAGAUCAUUUCAAGCCUUUGUGGGCCAGGAACGUCCCCAAAUUUGGGCUUGCUCACCUCAUGGCUUUGGGGCUAGGACCCUGGCUGGCUGUGGAGAUCCCGGAUUUGAUAUCGAAGGGUCAGAUUGAGCACAAGGAGAAAGGAGGAGCGUGAGGCCUACAUACAUGGAGGCUGGGCCUCUAUAUACUGUAUAUAUGGAGGCUUAGGCUUUGGCUGUGGAUGGCUGCUGGGUCAGAUUUGUGCCAAUGAUGUCACUUGUCUUGUGCUUUUGUACGCAAUGUUUGGGAUGUGAUGGUCCAAUCUGCCUGUAAAACACAGUUCACCAAUUUAAAAAAUAAACAAAACUAAACCUGC